AUGGGAGACAAGAUAGCAAACUUUACUGGGGUGAAAAAUUUCACUAACCACGUUUGGGGUUAUCCCAAAAACUUACGAGUUACUGAGAUAGGCCCAAACGUGUUCCAGUUUCAGUUUGAAAGGGAGGAGGAUAGGGAAAAAGUGUUGGCAGGAGAUCCUUGGAUUUUGGACAACCAGGUUCUAGUGGUACGAGAGUGGUGUGCAAGCUUUGAAAAAAAAGUUGAGAGCUUUAGAUACACCAAUUUUUGGGUUCAAAUAUGGAACUUACCGGUACAUUGGAUGAGUAAUGCAGCAGGAAAGAAAAUAGGGGGAGUGUUUAGGAAGGUGAAGGAGAUUAUGCUACCACCAGGGGGUGGAAAGGAAGGGAGACACAUGAAGAUAUUUGCAGAGAUAGAUUUACUACAGCCACUGGUUAGAGGGACAGCAGUGAAGCUCAAUGGAGAGAUGGUUUGGAUAGAAUUUAAGUACGAAAGAUGCCCUGACUUCUGUUACAAGUGUGGUAUUAUAGGUCAUGGAGAUAAGAAUUGCAGAAUGGAAAUGAGGUCUAUUUCAUCUCACAAGGAGGCACAAUUUGGACCAUGGAUAAGAGCAGGAAACAUAAUGGUGUCUCCUCUCAGGGGUGAGUAUGGAAGGGAACUAAAUCUUAAGGGGCAAGCUAAUAUACAAGAAGGGGUAGGCGUAGGAGGAAAAAAGGGGAAUGGGUUAAGGGAGAGAAUGUUACAGAAAGAGACAAUGGGACCAAGAGAAGAGGGUGGAGGAAAGGAAGGGAAGUAA